AUGGAGCAAGCGGCAUCAGUAGGAGAUUCCCAAAAACUAUACCAGACUCUUAAAACGGCAACUAAGGGAAACAGUAGGCUAAGCGAAGUGCUGCUGGACCCGAAUGGAAUGUCUAUCUCCCAGAUGGCAGACUGCACAAUCCGUUGGAAGCAGCAUUUUGAAACCUUGCUGAACUAUGACCCUCCCUCUCAACGUCCCCCUAGCACCCUAACAAACGCCCCCGAUGCCAACUGUGAUUCUCCAAUGGAAGAAGAGAUACGUGAUGUCAUCAAAGGACUAAAUAACAAAGCUGCUGGUGAGGACGGUCUUCCGGCGGAACUCUACAAGAGCUGUCCUAACCUUAUGGCCAGAUGUCUACACCCAAUGCUCGAUGCUGUGUGGCGUUCUGAGCAACUACCUCAGGACUGGAGCGAUGCAAUUCUCCUCCCCUUUUACAAAAAAGGCAACUGUCACAAUUGUCGCAACUAUAAAGGCAUCAGUUUGAUCAAUGUCGCCUCAAAAAUUUUCUCAAUUAUCGUACUGUGUCGUUUCCAGAAUAUCCAACACCACCGAACCCGUCCUAAUCAAGCAGGUUUCCGGAGAGGCAGAGGAUGCAUAGAUCAAAUUUUUUCCCUCAGGCAAAUUCUCAAAAAGCGAUGGGCUUAUCAGCAAUCUACCAUUGUUUGCUUCAUUGAUUUCACUGCAGCAUUCGACUCGGUGGAUCGCAGAAGCCUCUGGGACAUCAUGCGUCAUGAUGACUUCCCGUCCAAGCUUCUCAACCUCAUCAAGGCCUACUACGCUCACACUCAAACUAGAGUGAGGUGCCACGGGGAAGAAUCCGAUUUCUUUGUUGUCUGA